ACCCCGCCCUGGGUGGCCUGUGAGGGCAGUGGGCAGCAGGUGGGGUCGGGCCUGCGGGGUGACUGCGGGAACAGCUGCUGCCAGCGUGCACAGGGUGGGGUGGUGGGGCAGUGUCUCUCCGUGACUCGCGGCCGUUGUCGGCAGGUGGUCAGUGCGCGCGUGGGCUGAAGGGGAGGGCUGUGCUGGGCCGGGAUCCCCGUCCCCGUGGCUCGCUGACGUCCCGCCCGCUCUCCGUGCUUCUGUCUUGCAGGUGGCAGGAGCCCCACCCCACCCUGCGUUGGAUCCUUGCCUGGCGCCCGGCCCCUCUCCUCUGGUGCCCAUGAUGUCAGAGCAGGACCUGGCGGACGUGGUGCAGAUCGCAGUGGGGGACCUGAGUCCUGACCACCCAGUUGUUCUAGAGAACCAUGUGGUAACGGAUGAAGAUGAGCCCGCUCUGAAGCGCCAGCGACUUGCCGUCACCUGCCAGGAUCCCUCCAUAAAGUCCUUCCUGUAUUCCAUUAACCAGACAAUAUGCUUGCGACUGGACAGCAUUGAGGCCAAGCUGCAGGCGCUGGAGGCGACGUGUAAAUCCCUGGAAGAGAAGCUGGACCUGGUCACCAACAAACAGCACAGCCCCAUCCAAGUGCCCAUGGUGGCUGGCUCCCCGCUCGGCGCAACCCAGACCUGCAACAAAGUGCGAUGCGCUGUCCCCCAGACUACAGUAAUACUCAACAGUGACCGGCAGCACGCCGUUGUAGCCAAGAUGGAAGACCCCUUGAGCAACAGGGCACCGGACCCCCUGGAAAAUGUCGUUAGCAAUGCAGUUCCUGGGCGUCGGCAGAACACCAUCGUGGUGAAGGUGCCCGGCCAGGAGGACAGCCACAAUGAGGACGGGGAGAGCGGCUCGGAGGCCAGUGACUCUGUGUCCACCUGCGGCCAGCCGGGCAGCCAGAGCAUCGGGAACAACGUCACGCUGAUCACCUUGAACUCGGAAGAGGACUACCCCAACGGCACGUGGCUGGGCGACGAGAACAACCCUGAGAUGCGGGUGCGCUGUGCCAUCAUCCCCUCCGACAUGCUGCACAUCAGUACCAACUGCCGCACGGCCGAGAAGAUGGCACUCACACUGCUCGACUACCUCUUCCACCGCGAGGUGCAGGCCGUGUCUAACCUCUCAGGACAGGGCAAGCACGGCAAGAAGCAGCUCGACCCGCUCACCAUCUACGGCAUCCGAUGUCACCUGUUCUACAAGUUUGGGAUCACAGAAUCCGACUGGUACCGAAUCAAACAGAGCAUCGACUCCAAGUGCCGGACGGCAUGGCGGCGGAAGCAGCGAGGUCAGAGCCUGGCAGUCAAGAGCUUUUCACGGAGAACGCCCUCCUCCUCCUCCUACAGUGCCUCAGAGACCAUGAUGGGCUCCCCGCCAGCUGCCAGCGAGCCCUUGCAGCCGCAGCCACAGGCCCUGCACUACACCCUGGCCAACGCACAGCAGGUGCAGAUCCACCAGAUCGGAGAGGACGGACAGGUCCAAGUAAUCCCACAGGGACACCUCCACAUUGCCCAGGUGCCGCAGGGGGAGCAGGUGCAGAUCACGCAGGACAGCGAGGGCAAUCUGCAGAUCCACCAUGUGGGCCAGGACGGGCAGCUGCUAGAGGCCACCCGCAUCCCGUGGCUCUUGACCCCUUCUGUCAUCAAAGCCAGCGACCACCAGGUGUUGCAGGGGGCCCAGCUGAUAGCCGUGGCUUCUUCGGACCCCACUGCGACAGGGGUAGACGGGUCACCUCUGCAGGGCAGUGACAUUCAGGUGCAGUACGUCCAGCUGGCGCCUGUAAGUGACCACACAGCGGCAGCCCAGACGGCCGAGACCCUGCAGCCCGAGAUGCAGCUGGAGCAUGGGGCCAUCCAGAUCCAGUGAGGUGGCUGGCGGCUGUGCCCAUGGCCAUUCCCAUGUGUGUGCAGAACGCACCCCUCGGGGAGCGUCCCCCAAGAACCAGAGACGGAGACCCUGUGCCCCUGCCUCGAGCCCCUUGUGCUGAGUCAUGCCACGGGUGCCUGGAGGAGGGGCGGGUCGCCCUGGCACCGUGCGCUCUUGGGAAAUCAGAAUCGGCGAUAUUUUUGUUUCAAAGGCUCUUUUCAAUUUGCUAUGGUGUUUGUAACAAAGGAGAGAAUGGCAGUGUGGCCCGGUGGAGCGGAGGCUGUGCGCAGCCCCUGUGCGGGCGGCUCUUGGCGUGAUGACCCGCUUACCCACCUCUCCAGGGGACGCCCCAGCACUGCAAUUAUGCAUUUCUGAUGAAAUAAAUGUAUUUAUGACCA